GAGUAUUUUACCGCAUAAGUUUCAGAUUCUGUUACCACCAUCGGCGCUGGAUUUGUUGGUUCGGCUAAAUAUCGAAUAUCCGAUGAUGUUUAGAGUGUCCAGCCUGAGUGAUCCGGAACUCGCGACGCAUUGUGGUGUGCUGGAAUUUUUGGCCGAAGAAGGUCGAGCCUAUCUUCCAUCCUGGCUGCACCUCAACGAAGGUGAAUGUGUUCGUAUAACAUAUGCAUCACUUCCAAAAGCUACAUACACAAAACUGAAACCACAGUCCACCGAUUUUCUGGCAAUAUCGAAUCCAAGAGCUGUUCUGGAAGUUGAGUUGCGUAAAUUUGCUUGCCUUACAAAAGGCGACAUUAUUGCUGUUGAAGUAAGAUAUUUUAUUAAUACAUUCUUGACAUAUAAUGAUCAACUGUUGGAAUUCCUGGUGAUGGAAGUUAAACCGGGCAGUGCGGUAUCGAUCAUCGAAUGUGACAUGAACGUGGAAUUUGAUGCGCCCGAAGGAUAUGUUGAGCCGAAUACAAAUGCUGCUACUUCUAGCUCUGAUGCAACUUCGCUGCCAACAGGAGCAGCCGCAGAAGUAGUAGGUUCAAAAACUGGCGGAGGCUUUGCGGCUUUUUCUGGUGCCGGGCAUCGCCUGGAUGGAAAGUCAAAAGCGUCAUCAUCGUCACUGGCCGAAAUGGACACUACCGAGCGUUCUCUUCCAGCACUAACUGUUAAUACGAAUUAUACACCGGGCAACUUAAACUUCGUGAGGUAGAU